UUUAAUUUAUUUCCUAGAUUUUUUUUUUUUUUUUUAAGAUCGAAUUAGAAAAAGAUUUAAAGAUUGAGUUAAACUAAGGUUGAAGUUGUCUACAACUUGGUGCAAGCAAGUCUGAGUCGUGUUAAUCCUUGAUUUCCAUGCGUUUCUCACACCGCGUGUCACAUAGCAGGCUCGUCGAACACGCUGCUCUGCUCUCUCUCUCUCUGCUCCAAUGAAUACUUUUUUUCAAAUACGCCUGCUGACGCGCGUUACACGCACACGUAAAAUGAGGAAACCAGGGGAUAAAUCGCGAUGCGGCGCGAUGCCAUAAACCGUGCGAAUGCGCAAUCGAUAUUUCUUACAUCGUGACGUUAUCAAAAAUUGUGAAUUUGAAAAGAUAUGCAUGAAUCUAACAUUUUUCUUGUUUCUCAUGCUUUUGUUAGAAAACAAUUUUGUAUUUCUCUCUCUCUCUCUUUCUCUCUCUCUCUCUCUCUCUCUCUCUCUCUCUCUCUCUCUCUCUCUCUCGUUACAAUUAUAUCAAUAUAAUAUUGGGUCAAUAUUGGCUAACUGUUAGCCAAACAAUAUGUGCUGCUCGGGUUGUUCAGCGCGUAUGUGUAUAAAUAUAAAUCAUAUCACAUAAAUGUUUUCGUAAUAUUUAAUAAAUUAGUAAUUAUUUGGUCUUUAAUGUAUUCUAACUUAUAAUGCUGAUAUUUGUGUCAAAUUUAUCAUGAAUUAAAACAUGAUAAUAUUCACAGUAUUUAUCAUUCUAAUUUUUUGCUAUUUUUACCAUCUCUCUUAAUAUUAAAUUUUAAUUAGGACGAUUAAGUCUAACAUGUCUAUUUAUGUGUAUAAUUGAUCUAGUUUUUUAAAAUAAGUAAAUGAUAUACUACAAUAAAUGCAUUUUGAAGCAUGUGGGUGUUGAAUUCAAAAUAUUCCUCUGAACAAAUACUGUUAAUUGCUUGUUUCAUACGCUCCAUUCCGUCUUUUAUUUUAUCUUUAUGGCAACGUUUCAGGUGCAUCUCAAAACUGCCAAAUGACUGUAAUAUUCCUUGUUAUGAUGUACUAUAGUAACUAUAAUAUUCCAUUGUAACAAUUGUGGCGCAGUGAGUUGUGCGUCUGAAAUUGUUCAUAAAAUUAUAAUAGACAUUUAUAACGCGCAAUAUUUUAUAAAGAUAAAAAAUGUUUUGAAUUUAAUAAAGUAAAUCUAAAAAUAAUCUUCAAGAUGCUAUCUGAUGUAUGUACAUAUUUUCAGAUUCGUAAAACAUAUGUGAUUAGAAAAAUAUAAAGAUUUUUGGACUCAAAUAAAUUAAAAAAUCGGAAGUAUACAUAAAAUAAUGUCAAUAUGAAUAAUAAUGAAUAUUUGGGUUUUUACAAUAAUUUCUUAUUGAAAAUUACAUUCUUCAGCCCACGCAAAUUAUGUAUCGACAAAUUCAUCAGUCUUGAAUCAAUUUUUACAAAUUAACUUGACGAGCAAUAUAAUUGAUGUUGACAUGCAUUUAUAAGAUCUUUUUCUCUUUUAAAACUCAGAAAAAAUCAUAAAGAAAUUAUUGCAAAAAACCAUAUUUUAGCGAGGAUUCCUUCCACAUUCCAUGUGAAUAGAUUAAAAAUCUAUACAUAAAUAUUAUAAAUACAAAACAAUAAAUAUACGUAUAAAUUUUAAACAUUGGAAAAUAUUUAAUUAUGAAAUAUAUAUACAUGAUUGCGUUAUACUAGAGACCAUCGCGUCGUCACGGAGUUAUUAUACGUACCGUUAAAUGUUUUGUUUUUAUUUCACUCAUCUCUCUUCGACCUUCGUUGAAUUUCUCUACAGCAUAGCUGAUACAUGACACGUUUAGUAAGACACUUGCUGCGAUACUGUGCGAAUGUAAUAAUAUUGCUGAUAUUGAUAUAAUAAUUAAUAAAUAAAGAUUUUGUGUUAAAUUAACUAAUACUAAAAAGUACAAUUGUAAUAAACUUUAACAACGUCAGCAAGAAUAAAAACACACUUACUCAAUCUUUAUAAAAUAAGUAAUAAGAUGAAAAAAUAGAAAAUAACGUAAAAUGGAAUGUCGAACGUAAGUGCUUUGUACAGUAAUAUUUCUUUCCAAGGGAAUGGCUCUUUAUUUUUAAAUCCAAUAAUAAUCAUUAUUUAUGUUGUGAACAAACGGAUUAUUUCGAGAUGGAUCUAUCGUACAAAAAUUUAGAAAUAAUAGCAGAAACAAUACAAAAAGAAAUUAAAUGUAGCUGGUUGUCACAUUAUUUCAAAUUUGGCGUAGAAGAUGGAAAGACAAUAUGCAUUAUUAGCAAUUGCUACAUCGAUAUAUUUCAGGGAAUAAAUUACCUAAAAGAUCAUUUGGCCCAAAAACAUAAUAUAUUUGGACCCACUGACAACACAAAUAUAAACGCCGAUGGUCAAUGUACUGAUGCACAUUCACAAGUUGCAAAAUAUACACAAAAAUCAUGGAGUUUUCGUAACAAGAUAGUAUGGCAAUACUUUACCGCAGAAGAAUGGCCCUUUGCAAAAUGCAACAUUUGCAAUAACAAUAUUAAUACUGGAUCAAUCAAACAUUUAGAGACUCAUUUAUUGUUUGAACAUCUAGAUGCGGUAGAAAAAAUCCAAGAUGAAAUUAAAUCUACCUGGUUGUCACAAUAUUUCAAAUUUGAUGUGGAACGUAGGAAAACAACAUGCAUUGUUAACAAUUGCAGUAUCAAUAUAUUUGGUGGAAUAAAAUAUUUAAAAAACCACUUGUUCAAGAAACAUAAUAUAGUUGAAUCCAAUGACAACACAAAUAUAAACGUUGAUGGUCAACAAGUUGAUGCACAUUUACAAGCCGCAAAAAGAUCCUGGAGUUUCUAUUACACCAUAGCAUGGCAAUAUUUCACCGUAGAAGAAUGGCCUUCUGCAAAAUGCAAUAUUUGUAACAACCGUUACACUAGUGGAGUUAUCAGUAGUUUAGAGAGACAUCUGUCGCUUAAACAUCCAGAAACGGUAGAAAAAAUACGAGACGAAAUUAAAUCUAUGUGGUUGUCACAAUAUUUUAUAUUUGACAUAGAACAUGGGAAAACAACAUGCAUUGUUGAAAAUUGCAGUGUCAAUGUAUUUCGUGGAAUAAAUUGUUUAGAAGACCACUUGUACAAAAAACACAAUAUAACAAACGUAUAUGUUGAUGCUGAGCAAAUUGGUGCACAUUCUCAAAUCGCAAAACAUCCUAAAAAAUUAUGGAGUUUGCGUUACAAGAAGGUAUGGCGACAUUUCACAUCAGAAGAAUGGCCCCUUUCAAAGUGCAAUAUUUGUGAUAAUCGUUUCUAUGGUGGACUAAUAACAAAAUUAGAGAAUCAUUUGUUGUGUAAGCAUCCAGAAGUAAUAGAAAAAAUGCGAGACGAAAUUAAAUCUACUUGGUUGUCACAAUAUUUCAAAUUUGACAUGGAAUAUAGAAAAAUAACAUGUAUUGUUGAGAAUUGCAGUGUCAAUAUAUUUCGUGGAAAACGUUAUUUAAAACACCACUUGUUCAAGAGACAUAAUAUAGUUAAACCCAACGACAACGCGAGUAUAAAUGCUGAUGUUCAACGAGCCGAUAUACAUUCACAAGCCGCAAAAUAUGCAAAAAAAUCAUGGAACUCCUCUAAUAAUAUAAUACGGCAAUAUUUUACAUUAAAAGAAUGGCCCUUUACAAAAUGCAAUAUUUGUGACAACUACUUCUAUAGUGGAUUAAUGACACAAUUAGAGAACCACCUACUGCGUAAACAUCCAGAAGUAAUAAAAAAAAUACAAGACGAACUUAAAUCUACCUGGUUGUCACAAUAUUUCAUUCUUGAUGUAGAAUGUGGGAAGACAACAUGCAUUGUUGAGAAUUGCAAUGUUAAUAUAUUUCUCGGUGUAAAUUACUUAAAAGAUCACUUAUCCAAGAAGCAUAAUUUAUUUGAACCUAAUAACGGCACAUAUGUAAAUGUUAAUGGUCAAUGCGCUGGUGCACAUGCAGAAGGAAAUCCAGAAUAAUAAGUUGUUAAUGUUGCAAUUAUUACCUUAAUUUUAAAAACAUCAUUGCACUACGCAUGAAAAAAGAGAUUAUGAUUUUAAUUUCUUAGCAACUGACGUGUACAAUAAGCGUUUUUAAUAAGUAAUUACAUUAUCACACAACGUAAAAUGAUUGUACAAAUUACGCAUUUAUCUUUACAAACAUAAAAUUUAUUUAUUAUUAUUUAAUUGUAUUUUAUUAUUAUUUUAUGAAUUAUUAUUUUUAUAUAUCAAUGUAUUCAUUUCAUUCUUUUAUUUAUUUCAUGUAACAUCUAUUACAAAUCUAAGUAUAUGAACAGUAUUGUAUUUAAAUUAUUUAAAACAAUUAAUGAUGACUUAAUAUAAUUUAAGAAUUUAAAUAAAUAUGGUAAUUUAAAUAUUAA